UGUUGGAAAUGGCCUCGGCUAGUCGCCUAGCUAUAAAUGCCAAAUGAGCUGCUAUUUUUUUGUGGAGUCGGUCGAGAGAAGAUAGCCCCGUUUUGAGCCACUAGGCCACCAGGGAGUAUCUGGAAGUUUUUGUUACCGUCAUUUUAAACCAUGCCACAUUUCUUGUGGCCGGAGCCGCUGUCACCAGCUCAACUCAAGCGGCUGGAGGAGCAUAAAUACAGCGCGUCUGGUCGAUCCCUGUUUGAGCCACCGUGUCAAAUCUACUGGAACUGGCUCAUCCAGCAAAUCCCGACAUGGGUCGCGCCAAACACGCUGACUAUAGUUGGACUGGUGGUCAACAUCAUCUCCACGGUGGUGCUUGUGUAUUAUUGUCCCACGGCGACAGAGGAGGCUCCAUCAUGGGCUUUCAUCGUGAGCGCUCUGGGCCUGUUCAUGUACCAGUCUCUGGAUGCGAUUGAUGGGAAGCAGGCCAGGAGGACAAACAGCAGCUCACCUCUCGGGGAGCUCUUUGACCACGGCUGCGACGCUGUCUCCACAGUCUUUGUCGCCGUGGGGACAUGCAUCUCAUGCGGAGUAGGAAUAUACCCGAACUGGAUGUUCUUCUGCGGUUUCAUCGGGAUGUUCAUGUUCUUCUGCGCCCACUGGCAGACCUACGUGUCCGGGACUCUCCGCUUUGGCCUGAUCGACGUGACGGAGGUGCAGUUCGCCAUCAUGAUCAUGUACUUGAUGUCGGCUUUCGGAGGCGUGAGCCUUUGGCUAACCACGUUGCCCAUAAUCGGAGUGAAGAUGUACGUCUUCCCCAUCCUCGGCAUCAUCGGCGGAGCCCUCUACUCCUGCUACAACUACUUCCACGUCAUUCUGAACGGAGGCGUCGGCAAAAACGGCUCCACUGUGGCUGACACCAGUGUGCUGAGUCCUGGUAUGCACAUUGGACUCAUCCUCACGCUGGCCUUCAUCAUCUUCAAGAAGUCGUCCAGCCACUUGUUUGAGCACCACCCGUGUCUGUACCUGCUCGCCUUCGGCAUGGUCGUCGCCAAGAUCUCCAACAAGCUGGUGAUCGCACACAUGACCAAGAGUGAGCUGCACCUCGCGGACACCGCCUUUAUCGGUCCCGGCCUCCUCUUCCUCAACCAGUACUUUAACAGCUUCAUUGAUGAACAUAUAGUCCUCUGGAUCGCCAUGGUCAUCUCUCUUGUGGAUCUAAUACGCUACUGUACAGGCGUGUGCCUCCAGAUCGCCUCCCACCUGCGCAUCCGAGUCUUCAGCAUCACUCCGCCGAGCCAAGCCCACCGAGACUGACGGCUUGCCCGGCGGGAGGAGGUGGGGGGGGACGCUGACCUCUCCCCGCUCCUGAAAGCAGACGACCACGACGAGGAGACGCCCUCGCACCCGAGCCACUGCAGCCUUGACAAAGUGACCACCUCUGAUUAAAAAAACUGCCUCUGCCAGCAGAUGGAAGGAAUAAAUAAUAAUAAUUUAAAAAAAAAGGACUCGACACUACAAACCAAAACGAAAAAAGAAAAGAAAAAAGCAUGGAUAAUAUUGAAUGGAAAAUGACAUGGAACCAGGCUGUUUUUGGCCAAUAAUUUUUAAUUUAAACAUCAGUGCAUGUUUUACAUCACUUCCUCCUUAUUCAACUCAAAUACCAAAAUGUUCUUCAACAGGUAUUUUAUCUCUUGGGCAAAUAUCAAAGCUCUUUUAUCUGCUUUAAAUUUACAGACGUUUGUCCGAUCCAGUGUGAGAUUCUCGCAUAAACACACGACAAACUGCUCAAUAAUGUAAAUCUCUUUGAUAUAUGCCCGAAGUAAAUACCUGCAAUCAUUUGUUUUUAUUUAUUAAAUGAAUGUGACUCAAUCUGACGUGAAUCAGGGGCUAAAAUGUUUUCGUUUUUUAAAAUGACCUUUAAAACCUCAUAAUUUUCCAAUGAAGUUUGCAAUGUGGGCUGGUGGGUUGUCAUCGCGCUACGUGGAAGGGUGACGGUCGGGUGUUAAUGCUGAAAACGACGACGGGUUUUCUAACGAGGCUUCUCUUACGACCGCCUUUCUAUUAAUUUUUUUUAUUUUUAUCCCCCGUUAAUCAUCUCAUCCCCUGUCCUGGAAAAUAAGAAAACACACUUUACCUCUGGCCUUUUUUUAGAGCGCCGUCGACUGAUGAAGCAUUAACACGCGACUCGUUCUGCUUUCUCUGUUCUUCUCCCUGAAGGGCUAAUAGUUAAUUAUUUGUGAUUGUACAGAAUUCAACUGAAGACGCCUUAAAAUAUUUUUGUUGUAAUUACUGUUUAACUUGUGAAUAUUUAAAACAGCUUUGUACGUUUUGUUUGUUUGUUUUUUUUCCACUGAAGUAUCAUACCAGAUGCAACAAUAUUAACAAUACAAUGCUACUGGAAGGAGUUUUUUUUUUAACCGUUCACUCAUACAAAUGUAUAUUAUGUAGAGGUGAUUCAUUCUGAUCUUGGAGAUUUGUUGGAUUAUCAGUACAUUUUUGUAAUGAUUUGAUUAUUACUGGAUAGUUGUUCAUUAUUCAGGUUCAUUGGGAUCAAAAAAGGGAUGUUUCUGUAGUGGCGGUGAACAACUUAAGGGUAUUUUAUUCAGUUUUUAUUUAGGAAAAAUAAAAUGAUCUUCCUCUCAGAUUCUGCUUCUGCAGGAUUAUGGACAUUUAUAGAGGGGUGUGCCCUAAAAAAAAAAAAAGAAAAGGAAAAAAAAAGAUUGUUUUGCAUAAUUUAAUCAUGGACUUUGAAACUAUGCAUUGAAAUGUACGACCUUUUUGAUUUCAACACUAUGUUGCACUGUUUCAGUAACACACAGUGAAACACCUUUCUACUAACAGAUAUGAGUGGAAACGAUUGUAAUAAAGAAAAUAUUUUUCACGCGA